AUGAAUGAUCCAAUUGCUUAUAGAUUUAAAUCAAAAAAUACUGGAAUUUACACAUGCCCAAAUAAAUUAUGUAACAAAAUCUACAAGUCCAAAGGUAGUUACUUCAAUCAUGUGAAUUAUGAAUGUGGUGGUCGCAAGCAAUUUGAAUGUUGGUUGUGCAAUAAGAAGUUUAGUCAAAAAGGCAGUUUAAAAAGUCAUCUUGGUAUCAUUCAUAGUUAUUUGUGUCUCCUAUCUGAAUACAGAAGGCAAUCAAGUCUAUCCAUUUCAUAUAAGUUUACAUGUCCAAAUUGUUGCCGAGAAUAUUCACAUAAACCCAGAUUAGUGCAUCAUUUAAAACACGAAUGUGGUUACAAACGAUUUGUUUAUAAAAUGAAAUCAAGAUUUUUAUGCCCUAACAAUAACUGUGGACGAUCAUACAAAAAUAAAUGCUCUAUUGAUCGACAUCUUAAAUUUGAAUGUGGAGUACAACCACAAUUUUUAUGCAAUCUUUGCGACAAAAAAUUUGCAUAUAAUAUUUCAUUGCGAAACCAUUUAAUUUCAGUUCAUAAAAUGAUUGAUUUUAACUAGUGUUCUCUGUUCAAAUACGAUACUUUUAACGACAUCUGUUGAAAUAAUUAAGAACCAUUAAAACAAUUAAUUAUUCUAAAAUUUAUUGGUCACUGCUCAUUAGGUAUGGUACAUUGAUAAUUAAAGGUAUUCUAUACUGAUAGCUGGAAAGUAGAAAUUAUCAGGUGCCUAUAGGACCUAUAGGUACAUAAUUUGUAGUACCUAAAGUUUAUAAGUU